AUUUUUCUCCCAAGUAUAUUACCAUUAGGAUUGAAUUUGCACGAAUAAUAAAAACUUGACAAGUCGAGAAACAAGUCAAACAAAAGAUUCUAAAAACGCAGAGACGUAAAGCACCGGGCUUUGAGGAUCAAUGGCGAAGAAGGCGAAGGCACCGAUAGAUGAAAAAGCUGAUAGACUGCAGCGGUUGAAGGAAUCAAGACGAAAGCUUGAGAACAGAUUCUGCGUUCGAAUUUCUAGCGCCGCUUUUGAAUUCGCCGUUCAUGGCCUCGAGACCUUCCACCCCCAACUCAUCUCUGAUGAAGCCUCUCCUUGGAAGCCCAUAGAAAUUUUGGCCCGAGCAUGUAAGCUGGUGGUUGAGAGAUUCAAAAAUUGUGCAUAUGAGCGUGAUUUCUACGAGAACGCAUACCGACUGCGUUGGGCCCUUGUUGAAAUAGUCGAACUGUUCAAUAAAACCGAUUGGUAUAGCAAGUCAUGGGUGGAUCGGUUGAGGUGGGACCGUGAUUCGGCCUCGAUUUUAAUGGGCGAGUUUUUAAGUAGAUGGGAGGUUGUUUUGGAGUCGCCACCCAGAGGUUUUGGUGUCUUGUUCUCAGAUUUUGCCAAGAACAUUAAAAUCCUAAGGAAAAAUGCUUAUUCACAUUUGUCUAGUCGUAGAAUAGCUAAGCUCCUGGACGUGAUUCAAGAUGGAUUGAUUUAUUCUUUCGAGCGUCACUUGACAGUCAGUCAAGUUGAUGUUGCUCAGGUGGUGAGCACCCUGACUGAUGUCCCGCCUACUGUAAUUCUGCCGUCUAUUGACCACCAGAAGGAGGCGAUUUAUAUGACGUGUCGGGGUUUGUUGGAACAAAACAACACGAUUCAUGAAAUUUACGCAACAUUGGUCUCCACAAGGCGAGGCAGUAAUAACCUUCCGAGGGGUUCUUUUCUCUUACUGGGCUCCACGGGAACUGGUAAGACGGAUAUUGCCAGGGCCGUUGCCGAGUAUUGGUACUGUGAUGCGAGCAGGCUUGUAGAGAUAGACUUAUCAGAUUAUGAUGCAGAGGAAACAGCCGAAUGUUCGACGGAGAAGCAUGAGGACUUUUGGGGCCGUCUGACAGGAGUUGUGGCGAGACGUCCUUACUCGGUGAUUGUUAUAGACAAUAUCGAGAAGGCCUCUCCUUCAGUUAUGAGGGUUCUCCUCGAGCUUUUGCGCGGUGAAGCUCAGGCAAGUGAUGUUGUCGACUUCUCUAAUUCGGUCAUCUUCAUGACGUCAGGUGUGGGGUCCGAUCAGCUUGAUUUGCGAUGUGUGUGCCAUAAGCGAAACGAAGAUCUUUGGAACCAGUUCUUGAGCAAUCAGUACAUAUUCCGUAAGACUCACGAUUGCAUUUUAAAAGGCAGUGGUCCCGAAAGAGCGCUUGCCGCGGCGAAAAAGUUGUUGGGCACUGAUCUGUUAGAUUCGGUUGAUAAAGUUUUUAUUUUGAAGAGGUUUACGAAUUACAGGAGUGUUCUGAGGGUGCUUCUGAGGAAAAUUGUUAGCCAACUCUUUGGAGACAAAAGACUCAUUGUGCAUGCCUCUAAUGAAGUGCUAAAUUUUUUAUUCCUUGAGGCUCUACAAAAGUUUGGUAAAGGUGGGAAGGCUUUAGAAAAAGUUUUGCAUGAGCACAUCGUUCCAUGGCUAACAGCUGUAGAUGAUCUUAAAACAGAUGUUGUAGUGCGGGUUGAUAAAUUUGCGGGGGCACGUGAACUAUUGUUUAGCUUCCAAGAACAAGAAACAUGUGUGGACGAUUGGUACUUCAAGUUCAAGGACGGGACCUUUGAUAAAGCGGUUGGCAAUGUAAGGAUGAAAGUGGAAUCCAUGCACCGGAUAUUCAAGUCUAUAAAUGAGUACAAGCGAUUGUUGCAAUGCAGAAAUGGCACGCGUGAUUCGGGUCGUCUGGUUGUGGAUAUUUGUGAUGAGAUCCUAAGAUGGUCCCCAUUUCCUGAACGGCAACCGUUUCAUAAUCUUUAUUUGAAUUUAUGAACGGUGUAGGGUGUCUUUUAUGAGCCCAACUUAACAAAAUCUUAAACACAGUACCAAGGCCAGCCAUAUCUCGAGGUUGAUCAGGUCACACUUACAGGGGCUGCUUUUUGACAGUACAAUUGGUUUUGUCUUCAAGUAGAGCAAUCUCAAACUCAAAUAUACUAACUUAAAUGAUUAAGACACAACAAAUGUUAAUAUAACUCAUGUUGGACAAGUGCAUUUGCGUAGAGUGUGGACCAUUACAUGUACGUUUCAAUGCAUUUAUGUCUUAAUAUUACAAGAAAGCUCCAUACAAUUUGAAGGUAAAAUACAUCAUAUUAGGUUAUCAAUAAAUCACAUUUUUGUCCCACUGUCGUGUUUUUGUUUUUGUUGUUG